CCUAACUCAGUAAAGCUCGAAGCUUGCCGUUCGCUAGUUCCUCUGCAAAUGGCGAAGCUCAAAAUGCUUCAGCUGCUUUUACCUUUCCUUCUGUUCUGGCUUUCUGCCUCAGAGAUUAUCUUCGAAGAGCGUUUUGAAGAUGGCUGGCACAGUAGGUGGGUCAGGUCAGAUUGGAAAAAAAGUGAAGGGAAAGCUGGAUCAUUUAAGCACACAGCUGGAAAGUGGCCUGGAGAUCCUGAUGAUAAAGGUAUUCAGACAAAUAAUGAUGCCAGUCAUUUUGCAAUAUCAGCAAAGUUAGAUGAGUUUACCAACAAGAACAGAACGUUAGUCCUCCAGUAUUCCAUAAGGUUUGAACAAGAGAUUGAAUGUGGUGGUGGUUACAUAAAGCUUCUAUCUGGGUUUGUCAACCAAAAGAAAUUUGGAGGGGACACCCCAUACAGUUUAAUGUUUGGACCAGAUAUAUGUGGCUCACAAACGAAGAAGCUCCAUGUUAUACUUUCUUACCAGGGUCAGAAUUAUCCCCUCAAGAAGGAGUUAGAAUGUGAAACGGACAGGUUGACUCAUUUCUACACAUUUGUUCUUCGGCCUGAUGCAACUUAUAGCAUCCUCAUAGACAAUCGGGAAAGGGACUCUGGAAGCAUGUAUACUGAUUGGGAUAUUCUUCCUCCACAGAAAAUCAAAGAUGUCAAUGCAAAAAAGCCUGCUGACUGGGAUGAUAGAGAAUAUAUUGAAGAUCCUAAUCCUGUCAAACCAGAGGGAUAUGAUUCGAUUCCAAAAGAAAUCCCUGAUCCAAAUGCUAAACAGCCUGAUAAUUGGGAUGAAGAAGAGGAUGGCGUUUGGAAACCACCUAAGAUACCAAAUCCAGACUACAAGGGACCAUGGAAGCGCAAGAAAGUCAAGAACCCUAAUUAUAAAGGGAAAUGGAAGAUUCCUUACAUUGAUAAUCCAGAGUUUGAAGAUGAUCCUGAUCUCUAUGUGGUUAAGCCAAUUAAAUAUGUGGGGAUUGAAGUUUGGCAGGUUAAGGCCGGUUCCCUUUUUGACAACAUUUUGAUUUGUGAUGAUCCAUCGUAUGCAAAACAAGUGGUUGAAGAAGUGUUUGCCCACAGGGAGGCAGAAAAAGAGGCCUUUGAAGAGGCUGAGAAAGUGAGAAAAGCACAAGAGGAAGAGGAAUCAAGAAGAGCAAGAGAAGAAGGUGAAAGAAGGAGAAGAGAAAGGGGAUAUGAUAGACGCCACAGAGAUAGAGAACGCUACAGGGACAGAUACAAAAGGGUAUCUCUUUUACAUGCUUCAUCCAAUUUUUUUCCCUUUUUAUGAAUGGCUGAUAGUUUAUUUACUUAAUUUUACUUGUUUCUAAAUUUGGGAUGAUUACCAUUCUAAGUAAAAAUGGCCAAGAGUAUGAGCUUCCAUGCCAUGUCCUUAAAUGUGACACGGCUAUGAUUAAAGACUAAUCUAUUCCUCCUUGUGUAGUAGCUGUAUAGUUAAAGGAAAAUGAUUAAGGAACAACUUUUAUUGUACAACUUUUUAUACAACCUUAUAUGUCAUUUAAUGAUUAGCCCUUUUCACUCUACUGCGGCUGUGAUAUAUCAUAUGCAUCCACUACUUUAAUGACAUGUGAAAGUUGUAAAUAAAAGUUAUACAAAUAAGUUGUAUGUAGAUCAUUACCCUAUGAUUAAAGCACUCUUAAGUCUUUCCUAGAUCUUCUGUUGCUUAUUCUGAAGAUUUCAUAAAAUUGUGUUUGACAUGAUGUGUAAUGGUAGUAUGAUGUUUUUUGUGUUGAUGUAUGUUGGUCAUUAAUUUUCUUACAAGUAAAUCACAAAAACAUCUUAGGGCAUAUUUAGUUUAGCUUACCAUCUUGGAUAUGUGCAUGAUUUUCAAGAGAAUGAUACUUUGAAUUUGGGUUAGGAGAUUCCAAGGAAAACUUCUGCUCCAACAUACCCCUAUUUCACAUGAUUGUAACCUAUUAAAUCCCCUGAAACAUUAAAUAAGUGUGGAGAAAAGUACUUCUAAUGCAUAUAUUUGGGAAGAUUUUGUAUGUUCCCCAAGUUCAGUAUGCUGCUUUACAUGUCUGCUGCAUUGAGGAUAC